AUGUCGCGCCCUUGUCCCGCGAAAGAUAAGUCUUUGUUACACCGUGACACGUUGAACAUCGUCUCCAGAGAAACUCCCGGCGAGAAUCAUCCGGAAGAAUCCAACACAAUCCCAAUCAAUGGAGAAAUCGGCCCAACGCGACUCUCCAGAGAUGUUACGAAAAAAAAAUUAGCAGAGUGGAGAAUUGCAUUAAAUCGCGAUGAUUUGAGUGCUGGGAGAGCUGUAUGUGAAAAACAUUUUCGAACUCAGGAAAUAGAUUGGACAGAGAGAGAUGCUAUAAUUAGAAAUGGACAAGUUUUCGGCAAGGUUGAACAGUUAACCCUGCGUCUCGAAGACGUGCCAUUAGCGAUUUCAAUUUACGAGCGUGUUCUUCCAAGGAAGCCGCAUAGACAACGAUAUCGUCCAUGUAGACAAAAAGCUCAAUUCCUUAAAGCCCUGAUAGCACCAUGUCCAUCAUGCGCUGGAAUGUACAACUACAGGUACAUAGCUGGGGCGUUUUUGAGUCCAAAAGGCAUUUUAUUAAAUUCAAAGAAUCCGAAGGGGGUUAAGAAAGCCGUUUUAUGCCUCGAUUUGACAUCCAUAGGGAUUUGAUGGAAUCCCGAGGCCAAGUCUAGUGUACUGAAAUAUUUUGCUGAGCCUAAUUGAUGUAGAAUAUCUGUGAUGUUGGCAAGGGGGUACGCAUCACUAAUUGUCUUCUCGUUUAGUGCUCUAUAGUCAAUGACCAUUCGCCAUCGUGGUUUACCGGAAGCAUCGGCUUUCUUGGGAACUACCCAAACAGAUGAAUUGUAAGGAGAUGUUGAUGGGGAUACGACAUUAUUUUCUAAUAAGCUAUCUACUUGUUUCCUGAUUUCCUCUCUAUGCAUAGGGGGGAAGCGGUAUUGUUUUGUGUUGACCGGGAUUUCAUCAGUGGUGAACAACGUAUGUUUUGCAGAGUUUGUCGGGCGUAAUUUAUCACCUGGCAAGUGGAACUGAUAAGGAAAUUGGAAGAUAACUUUAAGGACACUUGUUUUUUCCUCCUCAUCUAGAUUUGACAGUUCUAGUGAUUCUACUAAUUUGGAAAUUCUGUUGGCAGUAUUUUUGGAGUGUGUUAUGUCCGGAGACGUUGUCAGCGUCGGAGGACAACUAUUGUAUAAGAGAAUUAUUUACAGAAAACAAGAACUAGAAAUUUUGAUAUAAAAAUAUGGAAAAGCCAAGUUAGAAAUAUGGAAUGAAGCUGAAUAUUUUUAUAUUUGAAGUUUUAUUUGGACGACGCUAGAUUUGUU